ACUCCGAACAUUCUCCUCAUCCCAUCCUCAAAGUCCUAGCUCCUCUCAACAUGUCCUGCAACAGCUGCUCUGGAAAUUUUUCCCAGUCCUUUGGGGGCCAACUGCAGUAUCCGAUUUCUUCAGGUGGUUCCUCCUACCCCAACAAUGUUUUCUACAGCACCGACCUCCAAACUCCCAUCACACACCAGCUGGGCUCCUCUCUUCACAGUGGGUGCCAGGAAACCUUCUGUGAGCCCACCAGCUGCCAGACGUCCUAUGUGGUCUCUAGACCCUGCCAGAGGCCUUUCUACAGCCAGAGGAUUCGAGGGUCAUGCAGCCCCUACCAGUCAACUUUCUCAGGAUCCCUGGGAUUUGGUUCCAGGGGUUUCCAGUCUUUUGGUUGUGGCUACCCAACCCUGGGUUUUGGAUCCCGUGGUUUCCAGUCAGUGGGAUGUGGUACCGGUAAUUUCUCAUCCCUAAAUGGUGGAUCCAGCUUUUACCGCCCAACCUGCUUCUCUUCCAAAAGCGUCCAGUCUGUUUCUUACCAACCAACCUGUGGAACUGGCUUCUUCUGAUCUGUAUUGGGGAAAUUAGAAAUGUAAAAGAUGCUUACUGCCUACUAUGCUAGAAACCAGUCUUUUGCUUUUCUAUAUUAGUCUAGGAAUUUGACUUCUAUUCAUAAGUUUCUAUAUUUGGGAAAUGUAUUUAAUUGGAGAAAGAUGCUAAAUUUUUUCUUAUAUAUUAUAGGCAUGCAAAAAUCAAGCAUAAUUCUUUCUUCAUGUAUCCCUUAGUAAUUAUUCAGAGUUCCAGUCUUGAUUUUUAAAAGAGGAAGGUUGUAAGUUUAAAUAAAAAUAU